UUUGUUUGGCUGCGCUUUCCAUCCAGUGCAUCGUCUAACAUCGUCCCCAGUACUCUCCAAUUCGCUCUCUCUGCGUCAGAUGCAUCCGUUCAUCUACCUCCAGCUGCCCUAUCUUCCUUUCUAGCUCAUAUCUUUACUUUCUCCCUGCAAUACCCGAGUAGUUGAAAUAGACCCGAUCGAUAAACUUGAAGAUUUAUAUUACUAUAUUCUCAAUUCCGUGAUGACCUGUUUUCCAUGAUUCUCUCUUACCAACUUUCAUGGUGGUCUAGAACAGAUACAACAAUUAAUGAAUACUAAACUGGCGUAGACUCAAUCAUCAGACGUAUAACAUAAUUCACAUCCGGGUUUCUUCCGUUGGUUAUUGACGAGGCCGUACAGAGGGAAUGAAAAUUCUAGACCAAAUGAAGUAACGAAGAGAUUGCUCCCACUGAGAUGGCAGUAAUUUCUUCGUAGCAAAUUCUCGUAUUCCAGGUUUAUUCGAGCUGGGGUGACUUUCUCGCCAUGGCGAGGACUGAAGGCCUGCAUUGCGUAUCCUGGUCAUGGGGAGGUGGACUCAGUGCCCCAUAGGACAAUGCAGUGCUGGGCCUUGUUGAAGGUACUGGAAACUGGUCGUCUCCGAGUCCACGAAGAGGACUGGGGCACAUACACUCGGUGAACGGCUCUGUCGAUGCCGACCUUGGGUCAGGGGGACUGCACCGGAUGUUCUUCAUCUCGUGCACACGAGCGACCUUGCUCACAGAUUCUAGCAGACGAGAGCAGCAACUCGAAAUCCUGUCGGACGCUUCAUUGAUUUGGGUAAGACGGAAUAUUUUCUCUCUGGCGAGGCGAUCUCGUGGCAGUCAGGUCUGCUCUCUUGAAGGUUCCCCUGGUCCCUAGGGCCAGACUCGGUUCAUCGCAGCAGAUCUUGCAACUUGUGAGAACCACCCUCUCUGAUUUGACUGGUGUUGGUCAUGCUUUCUCGUUCCAGCACCAGCCAGUUUUGAGGAGUCCUUCUCUACUAAACACUGAAGCUCGCAAGCCGAAGCUCACAGAGAUUCAUCUCAGGCCAUGACUGCUUUGAGGGAGUCAUCUACCGUCCCUAGCGAUCAUGUAGACUUCAAAUAGAGCUUCGGAGCAGGAGCAGAUGACACUCGCAUUUUGUGGUUUAUGUCUGAGGCUCAAACAUCGAUGUAAAUCACAAAAUGAGGCAUACAUCGAACUGAACUCUUCUGCUGCGUGAAACCUGACCAUGAUAUAUACAUGGCCCUCGUUUCCUGUUCACAAGGAGCAAGUACGAAUCGUGAUCAGGUUCGGAGCAGGCGACCAUCACAGUUCUGGAUACGAUAUUACGAAAAGCCCAAUUGUUAUCAAGAAUUGAUGACAAGGGUGGAAAGCUCUUUCAUGAGAUCAUGGUAAUGUUAUCAUAAACCAGGGAAACCGUUUUUGAAGUUUGCAUUUAUUAUCUUCCAUUUUUUGGGUGUAAACAUCUUCUUCAUAUUUUCGAGGUUUGUGAGCACGAAACAAACUUUGGCCAAAAGUCAAAGACAUGUUUUGGUUUGAACAUCUUGUAUAUGUUUCAGUUUAUUGCCGUCUGUGUUCAGGCAGCUCUAGAUCAUUUGAAGAUUUUGAGCAGGACGAGAACUUCAAAAGUAUCUUCCAGUCGAAAACCUGACCGGGAUAUCAACGUGGUCCCCGUCUAAGAUAUCUUAGUCAGGUUUCCGAUAAAGAAAAGAAACUUGCUCAAGAUGUAGGAAGUCGAGUUUGGUCGGGAUUUUGCACUCACAUUUUUGUGGUUUCCGGCCUCGUCGGGAACCAAUAGAUCGUAGAGUGGUUAGGACCAAGAAGAGAACUUCAAUCAAAGGAGUCAACAGCAUAAUCUGUCUUUAAACCUAACCAAGACGUCAACAUGGUCCCGUCGGAUGGGGACCAGGGCUUCUAGUCCAAGCAAGAAAAGAAAUUCAUGUGAGUCCGAGUGCAUACUUGGGUUGGAAUCCCUGGCAUGUUAUCUGUGAGAUUAUCGAACACAUUUGGAGGUUAUCGAGUACAAUGAGAACUACGGUUCUGAAAUCCAAAAGCAGCUUUUGGUUGGAAGUUUUACGAGAACAUGAACGUGAAAGUAUCAGCCAAAGGCUGGGACCGUAAUGUGUCUUUGAAGCCUUUGAGCACGAAUGUGUUGUUGUAUUGCCAGAGGAAUGUCGUAUUGUUUUGCUGGUCGAGCUUUCGCUCGACCAUUUUUUCGCGAAAGCGCUGGAAGCCUAUUUUAUAGCGGAUCCUCGUUUACUCUUUCAUAGAGGGCGGGGAGCCACACUCACGGGAAAGGUCGUAGCUGUUAACUUCAGUUCCAAACUUUGUAGUUUGAAUGUGCGGCAUUUUUGUUUAGCUUGGGCAAUGAAAAGUGUGAAACAUAGUACUGUAACAGUUUGGCGAGAGGGAAGCUUUGAACUUAACGCAACAUAUGAGUGCGACUGACGAAGGAUUUUUCUUGUUAAGAUGGUUCUUCGAGUCUGCUCAAAUCGUAGUUGUGUAUGUUUUGAUAAAUUGCUACGCCGGACACAACUC